CAUCUGAUUAUGUGUGGUUUUCUGCCUGCUGCCAUUUCACUUGGUACUUCUGGGAUCAUUUUCACAAUAAGAAACAGAGGAGCCCAAGGGAUUUCAAGUUUCAUCAAUUAGUUGAGGAGGACUGUGGACACUGAGAUGCAUAAAACGCACACCUGAGGACUCUGACAUCUCACACCUGUGGCUGUGAUGACACUAGUUCAGCAGAGAGGCUGGGGUCUCAGAUCCACCUCCCACAGGGGGAAAAAGUCCCCAGGGCAGAGUUGCUGAUCCCUAGUCCCAGCAGUCGGGGCGCUGCCUUCUCGUGUCAAGGUUACAAGUCAAGAAUCGAGCUAGGCCGGACUUGCCGACAGUGACAUCACGAGCAUCUUCGUUCUUAAUCGAAGGGCACGUUUCCACGGUGACCUCACCCACAUGGCUGACUCCUGACCCCGGAGGUCACCAGGUCACUCCACCACCCCCUACCCCUCGUCCCGUUCAGUCCCGGCACGGAACAGGAACAGAGGGUGCUUCACGUGCAAAGUGAAUCAGGACUCCCCGUUCCUGAGGACUCAGGGCUGGUGGCCAAGGGGCAGGUUCUGCGCCGAGCUAUCUCUGGGGUUACGGGUCGGCAAUAGAUCCAUGAGGCCAGUCACUCAAUGAUCAGAAGGCGUGCCUGCGGCGCAAUCUGGCAAAAAAAAACACAAAAAACCGGGCGGGGCUCGGAGAACUGUCCAAUUGGGGGCGCUAGGGGAGGGUCUCGGGAAACUGUGCAAUCAGAGCCCCCGGCAGUAGUAAUGCUCGAGGUCCUGCCCAAUCAGGUCAGCGGGACGCGGAGCAGCUUCUACUCAGGAGCCCGGUGGAUGUUGAGUGCCAAGAAGACCAUCCAAUCAGAGCUGGGGCCGGGAGCGCUUCCAGUCCAGGUGCAGGUCGUUUUCGGCCGGUCGUGGCGCUCUUGCGCACCUGCCCCGCGGGGCCUCAGGUGUUUGUUCCCCAUCGCUCUCACCUGCCCAGGCCCUAGGGAGGACGCCCGGGAGAUCCUGGAGCAAGGCGGAGAUGAUAUAUACCUGUUUGUCCUGUGCCAUGUAUUGAAGUAUCUGUCAUUUCUGCCUGCCUCCAAGUGGCUGCCCUGUCGUGAAUCAGGAUUCAGUGGUUUUUGAGGAUGUGGCCGUGGACUUCACCCUGGAGGAGUGGGCUUUGCUGGAUUCUGCUCAGAGGGAGCUCUACAGAGAAGUGAUGCUAGAAAACUUCAGAAACCUGGCCUCAGUGGAUGAUGAAACUCAGUUUAAGGCCAUUGGGUCAGUUUCUCAGCAGGAUGUUUAUGGGAAUAAAAUAUCCAGGAAACAUAACAUACCAAAGUUCACUGGAAAUGAUUCCUGGGCCUCUGUCCUAGGAAAAAUUUGGGAAGAGCUCAACCUUGAAGAUCAGCACACAAACCAGAGGAGACAUCCAAGAAAUCAUGUGGUGGAGAGACUCUGUGAGAGUAAUGGUCAAUGUGGGGAAAGCUUCAGUCCAAUUCCAGAUCUUAAUCUGUACCAGAAAAUUCUUAAUGGAGUAAAAUGGUGUGAAGCUCAUGCAGAUGGAAAAGCCUUCAGGCACCAUUUACCCCUCAAGAGUCACCACACUGCUCACACUAGACACAAACCAUAUCAAUGUCAGGAAUGUGGGAAGGUCUACAAUUGUCGUUCACACCUAAGGAAGCAUGUGAGAAGCCACAGUGGAGAGAGAACCUACACCUGUAAAUUAUGUGGAAAAACCUUUCCUCGUACUUAUUCCCUCAACCGGCAUAUAAGGAUUCAUACUGCCAAGAAAACCUAUAAAUGUCAGCAAUGUGGGAAAGCCUUCAUUGAUUUUUCAAGUCUUACUAGUCAUGAGAGAACUCACACUGGAGAGAAGCCAUAUAAAUGUAAGGAUUGUGGAAAAGCUUUUAGUUAUUCCUCAACUUUUCGAAGACAUAUGAUAACACACACUGGAGAGAAGCCCUAUAAGUGUACAGAAUGUGGGGAAGCCUUUAGCUAUUCCUCAACUUUUCGGAGACACAUGAUAUCCCACACUGGGGAGACACCACAUAAAUGUAAGGAAUGUGGGGAAGCUUUCAGUUAUUCAUCAGCUUUUCGAAGGCACAUGAUAACACACACUGGAGAGAAACCCUAUGAAUGUAAACAGUGUGGGAAAACCUUCAUUUAUCUCCAGUCCUUUCGAAGACAUGAAAGGAUUCACACCGGAGAGAAGCCCUAUGAAUGCAAGCAAUGUGGAAAAACCUUCAUUUAUCCCCAGUCAUUUCGAAGACACGAAAGGACGCAUGGUGGAGAAAAACCCUAUGAAUGUGACCAGUGUGGGAAGGCAUUCAGCCACCCCUCAUCCUUUCGGGGACAUAUGAGAGUGCACACUGGAGAGAAACCUUAUCAGUGUGGUCAGUGUGGGAAAACUUUCAACUGGCCCAUAUCCUUACGAAAACAUAUGAGGACACAUGCUAAAGAGAAACCCUAUGAAUGUAAACAGUGUGGAAAAGCCUUCAAUUUGUCUGCCUGCUUUCGAGAACAUGUGAGAAUGCAGCCGGGAGACAGAUCAUAUGAGUGCAAGUUAUGUGGGAAAGCUUUCUAUUGCCACAUCUCCUUACAAAAGCACAUGAGAAGGCACACUGCAGAGAAACUUUAUGAGUGCAAGCAGUGUGGGAAAGCCUUCAGUUGGCCUGAACUUUUGCAACAGCAUGUGAGAACACACACUGCCGAGAAACCUUACGAGUGUAAGGAAUGUGGUAAAGUCUUCAAAUGGCCAUCAUCUUUACCAAUACAUAUGAGAAUGCACACAGGAGAGAAACCAUAUGAAUGUAAGCAGUGUGGGAAGGCCUUCAGUUGUUCCUCCUCCUUAAGAAGGCAUGUGAGAACACAUGCUACAGGAAACCACUACAUAUGUAAUGUGGGAAAUCCUCCUGCAAAUGAACUCAUGCACAGUGCUUCAGAAAAUUCACAUCAGGAGAGAGGUCUUAUAAAAAUUGUAAAUCUGCCAUUGCCCUUAGGAGUAUCUCAUCGUUAAAAUGUACACAUAGGGAGUGUAUUUCCAGUUCUUUUGCAAAUAAACAUUUAAUUUUAUUUUUAUUUUUUAUUUUUUUGGUCUUUAGGUCCACACUCAUGUCAUGUGGAAGUUUCCAGGCUAGGGAAUCAGAGCUGCAGCUUCCAGCCUAAUCCACAGCCACAGCAGUGCUGGAUCUGAGCCUGUCCAUGGCCUACAUCAUAGCUCAUGGCAAUGCCAGAUCCUUAACCUACUGAGCAAGGCCAGGGAUCAAACCCACAUCCUCGUGGAUCCUAGUCAGGAUUGUUAACCACUGAGCCACAAAGGGAACUCCCUUUUGCAAAUAAACAUUUAGAUGAAAAUUGUCAAAGUACCCUUUUAGCUCUAGUACAUAAAUUUUGCAGGUAGUGGUUUCCUUCUAUUUUAAGAAAUAAAACAUUUAGCUUUACAGUUCGUUGGAUUCAUGGGUGGUUUGAAAUUUAUUAUUAUUAUAUUUUUUAAAAUUUUAUCUUAUUUUUUCUUUUUCAGCCACACCCAUGGCAUGUGGAAGUUCCUAGGCCAGGGAUUGAAUCUGAUGUAUAAUUGUAACCUAUGCCACAACUGCAGCAGUGCUGGAUCCUUAACCCACUGCACUGGGGAUUGAACCAGUGGCUCAGUAGAGACAAACUGGAUCAUUAAAUACCCACAGUGGGAACUCCUUGAAGUGUACUUUUAAUGUGUAAUUAGUUUUAAUAUCUUAGUUCUUUAAAUUGUUCUUAAGAGGUUAUUGGAACAAUGACACUGAUAUUUGUUGGGAUUUUCUUACUGGCUUAGUGUGGCACAUACUGGACAAUUCACCCAUUAUGUGUUUUCUACCAUGGUAUUGAGAAAGAGUAUUUGUUUAUUUUAGGCCAGAGGAGCCUCAUUCACACACAUAGUUGGCAGAAAUUUGUAAUGCAGAGUUUUGUGAAGUUCAUAGUCUCAUGUGAAUUGUUAUUUUCAGCUUUUUUUUUUUUUUUUUUUUUGGCUUUAUGGGGCUGCACCUGCAGCAUAUGGAGGUUCCCAGGCUAGGGGCCAAAUUGGAGCUACAGCUGCUGACCUACACCACAGCCACAGCAAUGCAGGAUCCAAGCUGCGUCUACGACCUGCACCACAACUCACAGCAACUCGGGAUCCUUAACCCACUGAGCGAGGCCAGGGAUCAAACCCACAACCUCAUGGUUCCUAGUUGGAUUCAUUUCCGCUGUGCCACGGCAGAAAGUCCUGCCCUUUGCUUUGUACUGGCUUGUGACUGGGAAUUGAACAGUAGGAUUAAAUGGAAGAGACACUUGUGAUGCAACCAUGAGAUAGAUAAACAGAGUUCUGGAUUGUGUUGUCAGCAUGGGUAAUGGUGGGAACCGUAUUUCCCAGAAUCGCUUCCUUUUAUGAUUCUGUGUUCUGAUUUACUGGUAGCCUAUUGGCAUGUGAUUUGGAAGGUAGAAGUGAAGCCAUUGCUAAGUUUCUGGGGCCACAUUAAAGUAUGAUAGAAAGAUGCUUAGGGGCUUCUUGGAAGCUUUCAGUCCAUUUACCUGAUUGUUGGCCUUACCAAUCAAGAGUACCAUCAGGAGUUCCCAUCAUGGCGCAGUGGUUAACGAAUCCGACUAGGAACCAUGAAGUUGUGGGUUCGAUCCCUGGCCUUGCCCAGUGGGUUAAGGAUCCGGCGUUGCCGUGAGCUGUGGUGUAGGUUGCAGACGCGGCUUGGAUCCUGAGUUGCUGUGGCUCUGGCGUAGGCUGGUGGCUACAGCUCUGAUUCAACCCCUAGCCUGGGAAUCUCCAUAUGCCACAGGAGCGGCCCAAGAAAUGGCAAAAAGACAAAAAAAAAAAAAAAAAAAAAAAAAAAAAAAAAAAAAAAAAAAAGAGUACCAUCAAAAGAAAUGCCAAGUAUUUGAUUUCUGUUUUUCUCAGAGUUGUAGGCUUACAUAAAUAUCUCCAAGAGCUCAGUGUCAAGGAUGCAUUUUAGGGUCAGGUACUCACAGUUUGGAUUUUCCUUCAGACCUCUAAUUCAGACUCAUGGUUAGUGAUCAAUCCCUAAUGCUAUGAUGGUGUCUGCUCUUCUCUGGAUGUUAAUAUUUUCUUUAAGGUCUAAUUUAUAAAGAGAACUCUUUGUAAACUUUUCAUGGCUCUCUGAUCCUAAUUCUACCACAAAAGCUACAAAGUUGCAGCAGAACAAAACAACAUAUGGAACUUUGUUAAUCUAAUGUUCUGAGUCCUUCUAUGUGAGAACUGAUGCCUUCCUGAUAAAUUUGGGGAGAUGUCUUGUUAGAGUUGAAUGCAGUUCCUUGAUACGGGUUUAAUUAUUAUAUUUGAUUAUGACUCAUAAAAACAAUGUUUUAUUUUCAAGUGCAAUCUUCUGUAUGUAUUUCUUUUCAUUUUUUCUAGGGCCCCACCUGUGGCAUAGAGAGAUUCCCAGGCUAGGGGUCCAAUUGGAGCUGUGGCUGCCGGCCUACACCACAGCCACAGCAACAGCAACGCGGGAUCUGAGCUGCAUCUGCGAUCUACACCGCAGUGCAUGGCAACACUGGAUCCUUAACCCACUGAGCGAGGCCAGGGAUCAAACCUGCAAUCUCAUGGUUCCUAGUCAGAUUUGUUAACCACUGCGCCAUGAUGGGAACUCCUGUAUGUAUUCCUUAGAAAUUUUUUAAAUUGUGUUUUCAAGUCAUUUGUAUACAAACAGUAUUAGUUUCCUAGGCCUACUAUAACCAAGUACUACAACUGGGUGGCUUAGGACAACAGGAAUUUUUGUCUCAUAGUUCUGGAAGCAAGAGACCAUGCUGCCUUUAAAAGUGCCAGAAAAGGAUCUGUUCCGGCACUCCUGUCUUCUGUAUUUUGUUCACUGGCUUGUGGCAAGCAUAAGUAAUCUUCAUGUGGCAUUCUACCUGUGCAUGCCUAUCUCUUCACGUGGCAUUUCUUUUUAAGAACACCAUACCUAUUGGUUAGAGCCCAUCCCAUUCCAGUAUGACCUCAUCUAAUUUAUAUCUGCAACAACUCUGUUUUAAGGUCAUGUUCUGAGGUACUGAGAUUUCAACAUGGAUUUUGGGGGAACACAGUUCAACACAUAACACUAACAAAUAUUCUCUUUCAUUUACUGAGCAUAUAUUAAAAUAUGCCAUUGCAGUUAUGGAUCCCAAAUCAACUCUGUUAAUUUAAGUAUUGUACAUUAUGAGUCAUUAUUAGCAUGUAUAUACAAGUUAAGGCCGUUUGUCAUGUAAACAUUUUUAAAAAAUUUUUACAUACUUGAACAUUUAUCAUUAAAUGGAUUGCUUAUUCAUUGUUAAUAAUAAAAGCUUAAAUAGUAUUUUGUCAGUGCUCUCUAGCCCCAAACCACCAAGACCACACUGUUUGAUCAAACUGGGUAUAGUGAGUUAAAGCAGUUUGAAUGCACAUAUAGUGGGUUGUAUCAGUCAGGGCUUGUUUAAAAGAAUGUAUUUUCAGGUUUGGGCUUGUGUUUGCUAAGUUUAGAAAGCGUAAAUAAUUGAGUUUAGCUAAAACGAAUUGGUAGAGCAGCAGUCUGUCAUAUUAUGGAGAAAAGGGGACUGUUUCAUCAUUUCUGUGAUUUGGAGGUAAGCAAACCUAAAGAACAUAAAGUAUCAACUUGAGUAACAUGUAAUAUAAAAUAAAAUAUAUUUGUCAUCCUUGAAAAGGAAA